AUGGCUACGCACCAUUCCAGUACUUCAAAAAAGAAAUCUUCUCACCAUGGUCAGCAUGCUGCUCGCGAUGGUCAUACAGGAAUGAGUUUUGAAACGGAACAACAUUUCGUCAAUGUGAGAAAUAAAAUCGCACAUUAUGUGGAUGAACAAGAAGCAUUCGAACUUCGUGAUUUCUUCGAUGAAAUUUUCGUCGAUGGAAAACCCGUAUCGAAAUCACAAAUAAAAUCAUCAACGCCAAUGGCAUCGCGAAAAGAUCUUGCUCGUCAUGAUUUCAAAACGCCUCAACCUGUCCGUCGAGAGAAAAAACAACCAUCUAAAUCACAUGCUAAAUAA